AUGCAUGAGGCAGUAGCCAAAAUGCAGCGUGCGGAGGCACUGGCACAGCAGCAAGCGGACAUGCAGCAGUCCCUCCGCUAUUGGCAGCGACGGCUGCAGGUCCAGGCGGCACAGAAACAGGAGGAGCACGAGUGCGAGAUGAAGGAGCUCGAGGCUCGGCUGAGCGCCGAGGGCCAGCAGGCCAGGAAGCGCGUCAAGGAGAUGGAGGAGCUGCAGCGAGACCUAGAGCUACAACAGUGCAAACUUGCUGGCUGGGAGAAGGAGCUUCGUUCGAAGGCCGAGCAGCUUGUGGAGCAGGACGAGAAGCUGACAGCAACUGCAAGUGCCAUCGCAGAAGAGAAGGAGGUAGCCCGGCGGCGCCAAGAGGAGGCCGGGGUGCGCGAGCGCUGCGCUGCGACGUCGGAGAGUCGCAUGCUGGAGCAGAGAAAGGCAUUGUCAGCCUCGGAGCACGAGCUGUCCCAAGCAAGGAAGGACCUCGAGCAGCAGCGGGGAGCGCUAGCUGCACAGGAGGCUGACUUGCAGCGUCGUUCUGAGACUUUGGACGAUCGCGAGAGGAGCCUUGGGGAGCAGUUUGCGACGGCGCAGCGCCUGGUGCAGCGGGAUGAGGCUUUGGCUGAAAGAUUGCAGUUGGCCGCCACUCGUGAACAAGGCCUUCUCGAACGAGAAACAGCUGUGGCAGCCCGUGAGGAAGAGGUGACCUUGCGCGAGAGAGCUCUGCGCGAGGAUCUGCGAAGAUCGAGGCACGCUGAUCUUGAGGAGGGGCGCAGAAAAGAAUUAGACCAGCGAGAGGCAUCCCUGCACGAGAGCGCCCAGAAACAGGCAGAGGAGAAGCACCGCCUGGAGCAGCGUGAGCGCUCCCUGCUUCAGGGUGCAGAGGCACUGCGACGCCGCGAGGCAGAAAGUGACAGACGGCUGACAGAGCGUGAGGAACAACUUGGUGCACGCGAGCGGACCGUCGUCAUGGCUGAGGAAAAUGCUCGCCAAGCGGCCGAGGUUGGGGCUCCGCGAAAGCGCCUGACAGCUCGCAAGCAGAUCGAUGGCGACGUGUCCAUGCUGAGCUGA